AGUUGGCGUCAUGCUGCAGACCGCUCAAACACAGAUAGCGCACAAACACACACCCGAUCUCUCACUCUCUCGCGUGUAGCAACCAAGGGAGCAAAUGGCGCCGGUGAAGGUGUUCGGGCCGGCGAUGUCGACGAACGUGGCCCGGGUGCUGGUGUGCCUGGAGGAGGUCGGCGCCGAGUACGAGGUGGUCGACAUCGAUUUCAAGGCCAUGGAGCACAAGAGCCCCGAGCAUCUCGUCAGAAACCCCUUCGGCCAAAUCCCUGCCUUCCAGGAUGGGGAUCUGCUUCUCUUCGAGUCACGCGCAAUUGCAAAGUACGUGCUCCGCAAGUACAAGAAGAACGAAGUGGACCUGCUGAGGGAAGGCAACCUGAAGGAAGCGGCAAUGGUGGACGUAUGGACGGAGGUGGACGCGCACACCUACAACCCGGCCAUCUCGCCGAUCGUGUACGAGUGCCUCAUCAACCCGCUCAUGCGCGGCCUGCCGACCAACCAGACGGUGGUGGACGAGAGCCUGGAGAAGCUCAAGAAGGUGCUGGAUGUCUACGAGGCGCGGCUGUCCAAGCACGAGUACCUCGCUGGGGACUUCUUCAGCUUCGCGGACCUCAACCACUUCCCCUACACCUUCUACUUCAUGGCCACGCCGCACGCGGCCCUCUUCGACUCGUACCCGCACGUCAAGGCCUGGUGGGAGAGGAUCAUGGCGAGGCCCGCCGUCAAGAAGCUCGCCGCACAAAUGGUUCCCAAGAAGCCGUGAUUUGCAAGGCGGGAUUUCGCAUCGUGGGAUGAGAUCUCUGAUCUGUGUGGCGUUUUCUUGUUGGUGUCGCGAAUAAGGCAAAUGAGCUCGUGUGUGUGUGUGGCUGGAAUUGCACCAGCGUGCAGUUUCUGGGCUUUGCGUGUGUGUGGUUGUGGAAACUCUUGAGAUGGAACAAUGUCUUCAUAAUGCUUCCAUAUUUGUUGCCAAGUUAUUUUUGUGGGGAUGAACAAAAAUUCUGUUUGCUAUGAUUUUGUAGGGAUAAUCUUCCUAA